AGUUCCAUUUCCACAAUGUCAAUCAAGCAACUAUUUCCUCUGCUUCUCAUCUGCAUCGCGUUGGCCGCCACGGCCACGGAUGCAGCUGUCUCGUGCAACACGGUGUAUUCUAGCCUAGAACCAUGUCUUGGUUUUGUGCUAAAUGGUGGACCAACCGUGCCUUCAGCAUGUUGCAGUGGGCUUAAAUCUCUCCUCGUUGCUGCGGGUACCACAGCUGACCGCCAGAGCGCUUGCAAAUGCAUAAAGAGCCUUGCUUCAAGUGCUAAUGGAGUUCAAAUUGGCCGUGCUUCUCAACUCCCUGGAAUAUGUAAGGCUAAUAUUCCUUACCAGAUUAGUCCAAAUGUUGAUUGCUCAAAGAUCACAUAAGAGGCAUUUUAUAUGAAUUUAUUUACCUGUUAUUUUAGUGCGAGUGGGAUAUUUAUGUCCCUUUAUUUCCAAGACACUAUUAAAUAAACUCGAAUAAUAUCACAUUUUGUAUGCUUUGUUAUUUUAGCAAUUAGUUAAAUUGGCAUUUGAAUAAAUAAUUUCUUCCACCCUUUUUU